CAGGAGUCGAUCUUCCUGCUUUAAAAGUUUACUGUCAGUCUGGGUGUCUCCCACUGCCCAAUGCCUUUGAACAUCCUAACUGAAGACCAGCCAGAGCACCGACCAGACAUCCACUGAUACAGUCAUUAUGUUUAAUUAUUAAUGGCAAGGUGUGUUUCUCUUUAUCAUAGUGAUUUGUCAUUGAUAUUAUAAUAUUUUAGCUCUCAGAGUCCUGUUUGCAUCAGUUGGAGGACAUUACCUUGUGGAACACAGCCAAAACCAAAAGAGAAGAUCAUCUCUUGAUACAACUGAGGAGGAUCAUAUUGGACAGUUGAUUGUCUCAGUCGCAACACUUAUGGAAUUUCCAGUGACUUGUGCCUUGGUCUUCCUGCUGGUUUUUGGUGGAGCCUGCUGUGCGGCCAGCCGCCAGGAAGCCUCUAACGCAGACACCUCCAAGGGUGAUGCAGGUCAGAAAAGGUCGUCUCAAGCAUCAGAGAAUAAGCCAAGCCGCUGUUCCUACACUUUCAUUGUACCUCAGCAGAAGUUAACGGGGGCGAUUUGCGUGAGCACCGAGACGGCUCGUGUCAACCGCUCUGAGAUGGCAUCCCUGCGCGCGCUGCUGGACCGGCAGCAGGAACAGCUGGACACAAUGCGUGGGCAGCUGGAGAAGGAGAGCGCACUGGCCAGUGAGAUGAGAGUUCUGCGCAAGGAGAGCGUCAACAUGAAUGCCCGCAUCACCCAACUCUACGCCCAACUGCUGAAGGAGAUCCUCCAGAAGAAGGAUCAGGCUUUGGAGCAACGGAGGCUCGAGAGUUUGGUGCUUAAUGCAACAGCCCAGGUGCUUCAGGUGUCCAGCAGUUACAGAGAUUUGGAAAGGAAGUAUGACGCACUCACUUCUCUAGUGAGCAACCAGAGCCAAGUAAUCACACAUCUGGAGAAUCAGUGCCAGCUCAAGAACCCCCCUAAAGCACUGCAGGAAACCACAUCACUUCCGGUUCAACAGUCAAGUGGGUUGGUGAAUGUGAACACAGAGCCUAAAGAAGUUGCCAGCAAUGUCCAAAGAGACCAAAGUGCCCCUGUGCACCAGGAGCAGAUUCCUGUAGAACUGCUAGAGACCUUAGCUGACCUGCCCAGUCUGCCAACAGACACACCUUUCAUCAGUUACCACGUGACUAAAUCUCCAGGGCCUUGGAAUGACUGUAAUCAUGUGCUGGAGUCAGGAGAGAUGACCAGCGGCAUCUACCUGCUACGACCGCGCAAUACUAACCGUCUUGUGCAGGCCUGGUGUGACCAGAGCAGAGCUCAGGGUGGCUGGACCGUUAUCCAGAGGAGACAGGAUGGCUCUGUCAACUUCUUCAGAACCUGGGAUCAAUACAAGCAAGGCUUUGGGAAUCUGGAUGGAGAAUACUGGCUGGGUUUGGAGCACCUGUACUGGCUCACCUCUCAGGCCACCUACAAGCUGCGGGUAGCCAUGGAAGACUGGCAAGGACGACAGGUGUUUGCGGAGUAUGACAGUUUUCAGGUGGAACCAGAGAGUGAUUGGUAUCGUCUACGGUUAGGCAGUUAUCAAGGCAAUGCAGGAGACUCUCUCUCAUGGCACAACAAUAAAGCAUUCACCACUCUGGACCGCGAUAAGGAUGCUUACACAGGUAACUGUGCUCAUUACCAGAAGGGUGGCUGGUGGUACCACAUGUGUGCCCACUCCAACCUGAAUGGGGUAUGGUAUAGAGGAGGUCAUUACAGAAGCCGAUUCCAGGAUGGUGUUUACUGGGCAGAAUUCCACGGAGGCUCGUACUCCUUAAAGAAAGUGGCAAUGAUGAUCAAACCUGCUUAACAUGAACAGAAACAGAUCACCCAGAGAGUUGGGAGUACUUAGAUUGAGUGCCACUUUUUGCCACCUUUUCUACACAAAGAUGUGACAAUGAGCACUAAAUGUUUUUGUGGAGCUUCAGGUUAUUUUCUUAAAGAUCUCCCUGUUGAAAAAAAAAACAGCAUAUGCUGGUUAGGUAUGUUUUGAAGCAUCAUAGCUGUUUUGAGUUAGUUUAAGAUGGUCCAUAGUUGGUUUUGAGCUAGUUCAAGCUAGUUGCUCAGGACCAAUUUAAACCAGUUCAUGACCAACUAAGGACAGGCUUAAACCAUCUUAAUACCAACUAAGGACCAUCUUAAACCAGUUCAUGACUAACUAAGGACAGGCUUAAACCAUCUUAAUACCAACUAAGGACCAGCUUAAACCAGCCCAAACCAGUCAGAUAUCAGUCAAAUAUCCAGUUCCUGAAUGAAUCAGUGUGUUUUAACAAAUUGUUGCAGUGAAUAAUUCAAUGACUCACUUAUAGGGACAGUCAGUUAUCAAAUUCCUCAGUGAGUCAGUGUGUGUGAACAAAUCAUUUGAGUGAAUAAUUCAAUGACUCACUCGUAGGGACAGUUAGUUAUCUGGUUCCUGAGCAGUGUGUUUGAACAAAUUGUUUUGACCUUUGUUUUUCUGAGCAGGAGCUAGUUAUUCAGGACCAGCUUAAACCAGCUCAUGACCAACUAAGGACCAGCUUAAACCAGCUCAUGACCAUCUACGGACCAUCUUAAAACAGCUUAUGACCAACUAGGGGCCAUCUUAAACCAGCUCAAACCAGCAACAAUGCUUUAAAACAUACCUAACAGCAUAUACUGUUUUUUCGACAAGGCUAGUCUUGAAGUUUUAUUAAUAUUGUUUAAAUAAAUACAUGAUUUGAAUAUUUUUAUUCAUAUGCAUUUUAAUGCAUUACUAUAUUUUGGAAUAUUUACAUCAGUUUUUUUUAAAUGGUCAAAUAUUAAAAGUGUGUUAUUUUGGAAAAUUGCAUAUAUAAUGUACAUAUUUUCAGUCACUACCAGAGUGUUGUCCAAAUUAUAAUUUUUUACUUUAUU